AGCACCUAAAGUUAGGUUUCCAAGUUACGACGAUGUUCAGAAAUAUAAUCUGUUCUAAAAAUAUAUUUAGAAGAAAUUACGUUACAUCACCACCAAAUACUACUGCAUUUGAUACCCAUGGUUUCGUUAAACGCUUAGAACAGGAAGGUGUACCAAAGCAGCAAGCAGAGGGAAUCAUGUUUGGAUUAUCAAACGUCAUCGAUGAAUCCGUGAGGAAUAUGGCUGCCGAUAUGGUUAGUCGUGCAGAACAUGACAGGAAUCAUUACACUCAGAAGGUUGAUUUCGCAGCACUCAAAUCUGAGAUUCAAUUACACGAGAAAAGCGACUUGACGUCUCUAAAAGCCGAGAAUGAGCGUUUGAUGGGUGACGUAGAAAAGCUCAAACAACGUUUGCGAGAGGAGAUAACACGCACUCAAGCGGGUGUACGUCUUGAUCUUAAUCUCGAAAAAGGUCGUAUUAGGGAUGAAUCUAGCGUGCAGGAACUCAAAUUGAAGGAAGUAGCAGCUAGAAUGGAGAGUGAAGUUGCCGCAGUGCGCACUCAAAUGGAGUCCUCAAAGAUGGCGCUCUUGCAGUACAUCAUUGGUAUACUCACCGGUGGUGGUGCUCUCCUCUUAGCAUACCUCCGUCUGAUCAGAUAAUUGUACUAUUAUACCUGUAAAAUUACAUGCACUAAAAUACAAAACUAGUAACUGCUCGUUGAGCUGCCUCUCUAGCUGCGUUAGGAUUAGCUGGGGGUUCUUCUAUAUUAUUGUCAUCAUCAUUGGUGUUAUCGUUAUCUUGGGUUUCCUCAUGAUUGAGUUGUUCAUUAUAUAUAGUCUCACUUGCUGGUUUCUUUCUCUCGACACCAAGGAUGCCCAUCAAUUCAUCCAACACUUCUUUACCAGCCCGCUUCGAUGCUCUAUCUGGCUGAUCAGGGGGUAAGAAGUUAUCAUCGACCGUUUCAUCGAUGAUAGCAAGAUUCUCGACAUUUUCGCCAUCGAAUACAACCUCGUCACCACCGCGUUUGGGUAAAGAACCCGCAUUAGUCUGAUUAAGGAGGUAUUCCGUAACGUCAUCUUGGUCGUUCGUACCUUCAUCUCCAAAAUGCUCUUUAUCGGUAUGCGAGUUAUCCGCGAUAUCUUCUUCCUCGUGAGUAUUGCGAAGAUGCAGCUCUAAUCCACCUCGGUUUGGUUUCUUCGACGCGCGAGAAGCACAAGAGACGCCCUCGUCUAUGCCCUUGGCGUAGCUUUUGAGAGCCUGACUGAGAUGCGUGUGUGCAGCAUAAUAGCCCUCGUACUGCCUCCUGGUGUAGCAUUCGAAGAGAACAUCGUGUGCUUUUUCGAGAUUCCGCAAGGUAUCCAAAGUAAGUUUUCCCUUCUUGUCAUCUGUGUCUACUUCUCGGGGCUCAUCAAGUAUAUCAAGACCUUCCUGCAUCCUACCGUUCAAAUUUCGUAAAUUAGUUGCGAAAUCGCGAGUUAAAUCGCGUACUUUCCGCCAAUAAUCAUCCGCAAUUUUGGUAUAUUGUAAGGCAAUGAUUGCACAAACAAGUUCUUUGCGCUCUUGGUGUAGAUUCUGACGAAGUUCCCAAAGACGUGUUUUGGAAAGC